CUUACCAUUACAUGCUGACCAAACCUGAGGUGCUCGUGGGUAUAUGCUCUUAAAAACCAAUGAGGAGACGGGAGAGGCCGGACUUGCAGGGGGUUGAGCCUCCCAAAAAUAACCUACUUCUUCUAUCUUAGCGCCUGGCCACGCAGACGCUCGCGUUCAGUGUGGGUGCAAGGACUGAAUAACUUGUCUGUGUACAUUUAUUUUGCAACAAACGCGAUGUGAGCGGUGUGAUCAGCAUGUUAGGCAGAAGUGGCAUUUGCCUCAGGCUUCACAUCAUCAGUGGGCCUCAUGAGCUGGGAAUAUUUAAGAUACAUAUUUUUUAAAUAAAUGUCAGAUUUUACUUUUUGUAGCAGGUUAGGAGAAUUAACGUAGAAUGUUAGGAAUACAGACAGAGCCCCCCUGCUGUUUCAAAUCCACCUGAAGAUGCUGUUAACGAUGCUGACGAACGUCCUCCAGGUCUCAAUAACUCUGUGAUUACAAAGCAACCUAAACAGGAAACUAAACUUUUCUUUCUGUUGCAGCAGGACUAUCCAACAAGGUCGACGAUGGACAAAUUCUUCACUGUUGUGACUGGGAAUACUCUGGGGUCUCAUGAGGAAUUAAUUAAACGUCUCUCUGCUAAAAGACACUUAACUGAAGUGACUUCACUAGAGGAGAGUGAUGUCAUCCUGGCUUUCUGUCCCAUUGUCUCUCGUGCUGGGACUGAUAUUGAAGCAGCACUGCAGCAGAUUCCAGCUGAUAAACCUGUCAUUCUGGUAGUGCUGCAUCAUACCUUCAAUCCAGACUACACUGUACCUGACAGUAACAAACUAGUGACCAGAGGUGAUGUCAUACUCACAGUGGACUGUCUCUUCCAUGAGAGCAAAGGACUACUGAAGUGUCCUCGCAAUGAAGACGCAAUUAGAAAGAUUCUGGACAGGCCAGAAAUACAGCCAAAGACAAGUAAUCCUGCUGCUCCAGAGAAGACCAGACAGAGACCCCCUGCUGUUUCAAAUCCACUUGAAGAUGCUGUUAACGAUGCUGACGAACGUCCUCUAGGUCUCAAGAACUCUGUGAUUACAAAGCAACCUAAACAGGAAACGAAACUUUUCUUUCUGUUGCAGCAGGACUAUCCAACAAGGUCGACGAUGGACAAAUUCUUCACUGUUGUGACUGGGGAUACUCUGGGGUCUCAUGAGGAAUUAAUCAACCGUCUCGCUGCUAAAAGACACUUAACUGAAGUGACUUCACUAGAGGAGAGUGAUGUCAUCCUGGCUUUCUGUCCAAUUGUCUCUCGUGCUGGGACUGAUGUUGAAGUAGCACUGCAGCAGAUUCCAGCUGGUAAACCUGUCAUUCUGGUAGUGCUGCAUCACACCUUCGAUCCAGACUACACUGUACCUGACAGUAGCAGACUAGUGACCAGAGGUGAUGUAAUACUCACAGUGGACUGUCUCUUCCAUGAGAGCAAAGGACUACUGGAGUGUCCUCGCAAUGAAUCAGUGUUCAAAGACAUUUUGAAGAAGCUUGACAUACUUCCUGAGACUAAAAUGAAAGCAAGAGCCAAUAGGGCUCAGGAGAGGCAAACUGUACAGCCAAUGGAGACAAGCUGUUGUGACAUUUUCUUCAACAACUUCUGUUGCUGUAUUCUACCCUCAAGAUUAUGUCCUACAGAGGGCCAGAACACUCUCCUUAUCCAAGAUGAGAGGACAGGGGCCUAUCAUACAAUUGAAAAGGGGGAAUAGACAAAUGAAUCUCAAUCAUCACUAUAACAUGUAGUGGUAUAUGCUCUUUCCAAGAAAAACAAGAAAUGUGUGCUUAAAAUACCAUUUAUACAUUGAUAAUGACUGAGAUGGUUAUACCUGUGAUAAAACAAUAUAUUCAAUAGUAUAAACUGGGUAGUUUGGCUCCUGGAUGAAGAUUAGCUGAAAGCUGUUGUAUAUGAGACAUUUGUGUCACGAUCACGUGCUGGUCGGAACUCAGAAAUGUCUGUUUGCUAACUGGUUGAAUGCGGCACGUGUACAACCAGUUAGCAAGUCGAAAAUGUCCAAGUUUCUUAGUUCCGACUAGCACAUGAACACUGCCUAUAAACCUGGUAGUCUGGGUCCUGAAUGCUGAUUUGUUGAAAGCUGCGGUAUAUCAGACAAUAUACCAUGGGUAUGACAUAGAAUUACUUGUUUAGUGUUCUAAUUAUGUUGGUAACCAGUUUAUAAUAUUUGUAA